AUGGACGACCCAAAUAUGUCUUUCAAGGCUAGCAUGAUCAUGAACUUUCGAAGAUGGCAGCGCGAGUGUGGAAUGCACUGUCAGCAGAUGCCAAGCCGAAUGGCGCAUGGUGCCUGGCUCCUCGCUGCACACACCCCUGUCUGCAGGAUGGAUCGAUUUACGCGGAAAGAUAAUGGGGAUGCCCUGCCGAUCUACCAAAACUCGCAAGAGCCAGGGUCAGCAGGCUCCGCUAUCGAGCUGGAGCGGUUGCGGUCUACUUCACCGAGGAUGAGCCCUCGACCGACGUCUGCGCAGUCAAGGACCGUGGCCGAUGAAUACUCGUCCCUGACUCCGAUCGAAGCCGCCUCGCGGUUGAAGACCUCGCUCACCCAUGGCCUUACGCCCGCCGAAGCCCUCUCGAGGUUACGCGACUACGGCCCGAACGAGAUCCCGCACGAAGAACCCGAGCCGAUAUGGCUACGAUUCAUCAAACAGUUCCAAGAACCACUGAUCGUCUUGCUCUUGGCGUCUGCCGGCGCGUCGAUCGUGGUGGGGAAUAUGGACGAUGCCGUGAGCAUCACGGUUGCUGUGACCAUCGUGGUGAGCGUGGGGUUUGUACAGGAAUAUCGCUCUGAAAAGUCGAUCGAGGCACUGAACCAUCUCGUUCCGAACCACGCCCAUCUUGUGCGGAAACAGGCACCCAACGCCUCUCCCAGCGGGCGCUCGCCGAGUUGGCCAGUAGGCGACAAAACUCCUGACCUUCCAACAUCCGGCUCGGUCACUCCCGAAGAAGAGGUGCUGGAGGCAACGUCGUCCAAGGUCAUGGCCGCCCAACUGGUACCUGGGGAUCUUGUCCUCUUUACCACCGGCGACCGUAUCCCUGCCGACAUCCGGGUGACGAAAGCCGCCGAUCUGACCAUCGACGCCUCGAACCUCACAGGCGAGAACGAGCCCGUCAGGGUCACCGCGAACACUCGGCCGCGUCGUGCCAUCGGCGUUCCCAGCUAUGGAAAUGCUAGCUUGCAAUUGCCCCAACCAUCCUUCGGAGGAUCCGCAGACGGACACUCGGGACAUGCCAGGGUCGACCAUGACGGGCCUCACAAUAUUGCUUCCAUGGGAACGUUGGUGAAAUCCGGGCAUGGGCAGGGUAUCGUGUUUGCAACUGGCGGCGAUACACACUUUGGUACAAUCGCAGCCAGCGUGUCCGGCACUGAAAGCCCUCGCUCCCCGCUGCAACUCUCAAUGGAUGACCUUGGGUCGCAGUUGAGCAAGGCAUCUUUUGUCAUCAUUGGCCUGAUCUCGCUCAUCGGCUGGUUCCAGGGAAAGAAGCUGCUUGAAAUCUUCACCAUUUCUAUUUCCCUGGCUGUAGCAGCGAUUCCGGAGGGGCUUCCCAUCAUCGUUACCGUGACUCUUGCCUUGGGCGUCCACCGGAUGGCUAAGCAUAACGCAAUCGUUCGGAGAAUGCCCAAGGUCGAGACUCUGGGAUCCGUCAACGUGGUUUGCACAGACAAAACAGGUACCUUAACCACAAACCACAUGACGACGGCCAAGAUGUGGUAUUUUGGCACGAACGAUGCCGUUGAUGUUGAGUCCGAUGACGAGGCGACCGAGGCCAAGCUAGGCCCGGCCGCGCUGAGAAUCAUGCGGAUCGGAAAUAUAGCUAACAAUGCGCGUCUUGCCCGCAACUACACCGAAAACGGCGCGGCCGCGAGAGCCGUGCUCUCCUCAACCCAUAAUCGGGGCCAAGCGUCGACGUACACGCGCUGGGUUGGCCAGCCUACCGAUGUUGCCAUGCUUGACCUUUUAGACCGGUUCAAGGAGCACGAUGUCCGUGAUUCCAUCGGGCCCCGGGUGACUGAAACCCCAUUCAGCUCCGAGCGCAAGUGGAUGGGUGUCACGAUUGGCUCCGAAGGUGGCAAGAACGACAAGGAGUUUGCGAUGAGCAGAGAGAUCGUGCUGGACUCGGCGCGGCGAAAGGAGGCUUUGGAGGCAGCCGAACAAAUGGCGUCCACGGGUCUCCGAGUUUUGGCUUUUGCCAGCGGCCCUGUCUCGAGAUUCAGAAGCAACAAGCCCCCUGCUAGAAGCAAUACCCCCGGCUCAGACAGAGCUGAUAGCCCCGUUCAUCAUGGCGUCGAGGAGCAGUACAAGGGCCUCAGCUUUGCCGGUUUAGUGGGCAUGAGUGACCCGCCUCGACCUGGUGUCGGACGUUCCAUCAGAAAGUUGAUGCGCGGGCGUGUCAAGGUCAUAAUGAUUACCGGCGACGCCGAGACCACGGCUGUCGCUAUCGGCAAGCAACUGGGCAUGGCUGUUGCGACACCCACUGCGCAUACAUCAAAUCAAGUAACCGUCAGAUCGGUCCUUCGCGGCGAUGAAAUCGACGCCAUGUCGGACGAGGACCUGGCAAGGGCAAUGGAACACACCACUAUUUUUGCACGAACAAACCCCGACCACAAGUUGAAAAUCAUCAGAGCGCUCCAGUCCCGCGGCGAUAUUGUCGCCAUGACGGGCGACGGCGUCAACGAUGCGCCGGCUCUCAAAAAGGCCGACAUUGGCAUUGCCAUGGGCAUGCACGGCACUGACGUCGCCAAGGAAGCCGCCGACAUGAUCCUGACCGACGACGACUUCUCCACCAUCCUCCACGCCAUUGAAGAGGGCAAGGCCAUCUUCAACAACAUCCAAAACUUCCUCACCUUCCAACUCUCCACCAGCGCCGCCGGCCUCUCUCUCGUUCUACUCUGCACCGCCCUAGGGUUCAAGUCCCCGCUCAACGCGAUGCAGAUCCUUUGGAUCAACAUCAUCAUGGACGGCCCCCCGGCUCAAUCCCUCGGCGUCGAAGCGGUGGACAAAGACGUCAUGAACCGACCCCCCCGCCGGCGCGGCGACGCCGUCCUCACACGACGCUUACUCUCCCGCGUGUUCACGCAAGCGGGCAUCAUCAUGGCGGGGACGAUGCUGGUGUACAGGCGCGAGAUGCUGGACGACGGCGAGGUGACGCGGCGCGACACCACCAUGACCUUCACGUGCUUCGUGCUGUUCGACAUGUUCAACGCGCUCACCUGCCGCUCCGAGAGCAAGAGCGUCCUGCGCGGCGAGGUCGGCCUCUUCAGCAACCUGCUCUUCAACUGGGCCGUCGCCGGCAGCCUGAUGGGCCAGCUCGCCGUCGUCUACCUGCCCUGGCUGCAGGAGGUGUUUCAGACCGAGGCGCUGGCGUUCAGGGAUCUGCUGGGCCUGUUGAUGCUGUGCAGUAGUGUGUUUUGGGCGGAUGAAGUGCACCUCACAUCGCGAGGUGGGCCUCGGUGCGGCCGGGGGCGGGGCACCGGGGAAGGUGGAGAACCACUCCCCCUAGCAGGACGGCCCGGACUCCACACCCACGACGGUGUAAGUGCCCGGCAAGCACAAAUCACAACUACGGCGCCUCCCCCUACCAGUCAAAGCCGUCCCAGGAUCCUCUCCCAGCAGUUCCUCGAAACGAGGCUAUUAAGCGCCGGCCGUUCAGCUGAAGCCCAAUAA